GCCAGCCCCGCGCGGGGCGGGGUCCUGUCGGCGGAGGGGGCCUGCGGUGACCUCGGCGGUCGGCAGCCGGCGCGGGGCCUGGCGGGGCCGCGCCGGGCCGGGGGCAGCGCGGCGGGACGGGCGCCUGCAGGGGCGGCGGCGGGAGCAGCAUGGGUGUGAUAGGUGUACAGUUGGUGGUGACCAUGGUAAUGGCUAGUGUCAUACAGAAGAUCAUACCUCAUUAUUCUCUUGCUCGAUGGCUUCUCUGCAGUGGCAGUUUACGAUGGUAUCAACAUCCUACUGAAGAAGAACUACGGAUUCUUGCAGGGAAACAAAGAGGGAAGAGCAAAAAAGAUAGGAAAUAUAAUGGUCAUAUUGAAAACAAACCUCUAACCAUUCCAAAGGACAUUGAUCUUCAUCUGGAAACAAAGUCUGUGACUGAAAGGGACACUAUAGCAUUGCAUUACUUUCCUGAGUAUCAGUGGCUGGUGGAUUUUACUGUUGCAGCUACAGUUGUGUAUGUGGUGACUGAAGCCUAUUACAGUAUUGUGAAGCCCUCACAAGAAAUGAAUAUCAGCGUAGUGUGGUGUCUGCUUGUCUUGGCGUUUGCAGUUAAGGUACUGUUCUCAUUGACCACCCAUUAUUUCAAAGUGGAGGAAGGAGGUGAAAGAUCAGUCUGCGUCACCUUUGGCUUUUUCUUCUUUGUGAAAGCGAUGGCAAUUUUGAUUGUGACAGAAAACUAUCUAGAGUUUGGGCUGGAAUCAGGAUUCUCAAAUUUCUCGGAAAGUGCUAUGCAGUUUCUUGAAAAGCAGGGUUUGGAAUCACAGGGUCCUGUGUCUAAACUAACCUUCAAAUUGUUCCUGGCUGUUCUGUGUUCACUUAUUGGUGCUUUUUUGACAUUCCCUGGCUUGCGACUGGCUCAAAUGCAUCUGGAUGCUCUGAAUUUAGCAACAGAAAAAAUAACACAAACAUUGCUACAUAUAAACUUCUUGGCGCCUCUAGUUAUGGUUCUUCUGUGGGUGAAACCAAUCACUAAGGACUACAUUAUGAACCCGCCUUUGGGCAAAGAGAGCAUACCUUUAAUGUCAGAAGAUACAUUUGACACCAUGAGGUUGUGGAUUAUAAUCCUGUUGUGUGCUCUGCGGUUGGCUAUGAUGCGCAGUCAUUUGCAGGCCUAUCUGAAUCUAGCCCAGAAAAGCGUGGAUCAGAUGAAAAAAGAAGCUGGCAGAAUAAGUACAGUUGAUUUACAAAAAAUGGUGGCUCGGGUAUUCUAUUACCUUUGUGUAAUUGCACUGCAGUAUGUUGCACCAUUGGUGAUGCUCCUUCACACAACUCUGCUUCUGAAAACACUAGGUAAUUAUUCUUGGGGCAUCUACCCGGAACUGAAUUCCGACACUCCAGUAGAAAACAAUCUUCCCAAUUCAGUUUAUUCUGAAUCUCCACCCACCGAUGGAAAGAUGAAAGUAACUGUAGUACAAAUAACAAUGGCUUUGGGAAGCCUAAAGAAUAUUUUCACUCCUCUCCUGUUCCGGGGACUCCUGUCUUUCCUUACCUGGUGGGUUGCUGCUUGUCUCUUUUCUACAAGCCUUUUUGGGCUUUUCUAUCACCAGUACCUGACUGUGGCAUGAACAGAUCAACUGAUAAGUACAACGUCAAAUUCUAGAUACAAACCCAGGUACCCAAGAGGAGAUGAAGAUAAAAGAAGAAAGCUAUAUAUGAAGAGAAAACAUAUCAGAUUUUUUUUAAAAACUCUUCCUCUGUGUUCUCAGGGUGAAUAUUCUUAAAAUGUUUAAAAUUACAACUGGGUUUGUUAUUUUUGUUACCGAGAUGGUAGGUAACUAAUUCAAUUACAGUAACGAGACCGACAUUAUUGUGUGGCAGGUGUUGGUGGCAUGUUGAAAAGAUACAACCUCUGAGUAUCUUGGUUUCCAUUGAGAAGAUGUCACCCUCAACACUUUGUGUUUUAAGAAUCAGCUGUCAGUGACUGAACUGUGGAAGUAGGCACUGGUUAUGCUGAUGAUGGCUGCCUAUUCAGUAAAAUCUUGAAACUGAGCCAUACAAUGGAAUAUGAAAGGGGAUUUUAAAACGUUCUGUUGGAUAGCUGUUGAUCACUUUUCUCCAUGAAAAAUGAAAUAAUCCAACAGGACAACAGAGAUACUGUAUAUUACAGUAAGAAAAGUUGUAUAAAAUUUAAAUUUAACAUAAGAUAAAUGCGUGGACCUGGCAGGUAUUGCUGCCUAUAUAUUAUGCAGAAAUGCUUGCACAGUGAGAGGGGAAUUAUUAAAAAUAAAAAAUAAAAAAUAAACAAUAUAUAUAUAUAAAUAUAUAUAUAAUACAGUCCCUGCAGUCAUUUUGAAGUAAUGGCCAUCUGUAUUGGUGCUAAUAUUGAUCCACAGAUUCCAUUUGGAUCUUUUAAAUUUCUUCUUUUUAGGUAAUAGAUAAAUUCCAUUGAAUUCACAAAAUAAUAGAUGUAGAUUAGUGACACCAUUUAAACAUUUCAAAACACUUUAAUCCUGCUGACUAAGAGUGUAUGUAUCUGUAAUGUACAUAUAAAUAUAUAUUAUAUAUCAAAUAUAUAAUAUAUAUGAAAAUUACAAAAUACGGAAUCUUUAUUUUAAAUUGUUGAAUGUAUAUUACAAGGCCAUGGGAGAGGUAUACAUGUGUAUCUAGUUAAUUCAAGAUCCCAUUUGAAAUGAAAAUUAAAUUCGUUGAAAGUUCAGUUGAAAGGGCUAUUUGAUUUUGGUGCCUCUACAAAGGUACUUAGCUAUACUAAAGAACUUAAGCUAUUUUGCAAGAAGAGAUCAACUUCAUCUGUUAACGUUGAAAUACCAGCUCUGUCAGAUUGUCUCCUUUAGCCAGUGUAAUCUGUGUUAACUUGGCCGUAUAGUAACAAGUGAUAUCUCUCAGAAAUAAUAUUUUUCUGUGUAAUAAACAGUUAUUGUGAGGAGGAGCAAAGCAUUAACUUUAAAAGUUUUGCUUCAGUGAAGGGUUAGACCCUACAUAUCAAAACUGUUGUGAAACAAUGAAUUACAAUGUUUUAGAUGUUUUGUGUAAUUGGAGAACAAAAAUGGGGAUUCAUAUGUAGUAGCUUUUUUAAAAUGUUAAUAUUACACUGCAGAGUUCAGUGCUUUAUUUUUUUUAACUAAUACUGGCUACUUUUCUGUUACUGUUCUUUUUCUCUUGAAUUUGUGCUUUGGCAUAUAAGCAUUUAUAAAUGGAAAAGCUUAAAUAUUUAAUAUGUUGCAAACCUGCCAUAUGGGAAAGCGAAAUGUCCAUGAAUGCAGAAAAUUCAGAAUUUAAGCUGGUGAUAAAUUGUCUUGCUAUGUUGAAUGCCUUUUAAGUUAUUUAUUAGUUUAUUAAAUUGCAUUUACUGCUACUAGGAGAAGAUUUAUGUACACCAGCUAGUACCUACUGCAUGCAUUUGGGAUGUCUUGAAACACCUUGCAUGAUUCAAACGGUUUCAUUGCAGUGUAGUAUUUCAGUGCUAUUGGUGCUGCAAGCUUUGUUUUUUCACACCGACCUUUCAUAAUUAACAGGGACAAAGACUCAACUGUGUGAAUUAGCAUAAAAAACAUUUGACUUCAUAGAUUCAGGUCUUGAUACACUCCUAGGAAAUGUCAUUCAGAUGAAUAGAAUAAUGAAUCAUAGCACUGGGGAAAGUAUUGUACCUGUUAGUUCAAGAUAUACCAUUAAUAUGAAAAUUAGUAAGGUCAGCUUUUUAAUUUAUAGGUAGGCAUCCAAUAUUGAUGUUUUAUUCCAGAGAAUACUAAAACAAUACAGUGCAGUUUGAUUCUGAUUGUGAACUUGGUCCAAAAAGCUCACACGCGUGGAUGAGAUGUAUCCUAUUGCUGCAAUCUGAAUGACAGGAAUGAACUUCCAGUACUGGAGGAGACUUAAAAAUAAUGUUAGAUAACAGUUUCCUUUGGCAUAGCUACGUAUUUUCAAAGCUUGUAGUUUGUAAAAGUGAACUGUAAGUAUAUCAGCAGAGCUUUUGUUGAGGAAGCACACUGUCUUACUCUUCAGAUGUUGCACAGAUCACAUGGAAAAUAUGCACCUGGAUGUUGCUAACAUUAGAAUCAGCACUUCUGUCCCUUGUUCCACAUUUUGUUGUUCUACAGAACAGGACAACCUUCUGGUCAGCAAUUUAAUCUGAACGGGAGGUGGUCUUUGGUUUCAUUUAAUCAUUGUGUAGGUCUAGGAGGUUUACUAAAAAUUAACAUACAGCAAUAAACAUCUUUGAAAUGUGACAGUGAAGCUAGAGGGAGCAUAUUGCCAUAGUUGUGAGCAGUGCAUUUUGCAACUACUUGAUAUAUUCAAAAACUGACUUUUAAAGUAAAACAGCAGCCUUGAUAGUUCUCACUUCCAUGAAUAUUAUUUGAACCUCCAAGAAGUAUCUUGUUCAGGAAGCUCUUUUAAAUCAGCAGCUGGCAAAUGGUUCCUCCAGUCCCUACACCCCCUCCCUGGAGAGCUUUAUCAGCAGCUUGGGGUAAAAAAAAGCAGCUUACAGAAAUGGAAAAGCAGGUAAAACCUGUCAGAGAGGUUAGUAAUUUUUAUUCAGGAUUCUUAAAUACUUGCUUUUUCCUCACUGUCUACUACAUUUCUGACAGAUUUUAGAAGGAAAGAUUCUUUUCACAAAGAGUAAACAUUUUUUUCUUUCUUCCCGUUUCCUGAAUUCAGAACUCCCUUUAUCACUCCAUUACCGUGACUUGUUGGCCUGACACUUCUUUCCAUCAGUCUACAGCUUUUUCCUACAUUACCUACACAGAAAUGAGCUAGCUAGAUUAGUUAAUGUUGUUUGUAUUUUGAUUCUUUAUUCUUUUGGUUUGAAGUUUAUUUAUCAUUGCAGGAUAAGUCCCUUUAAAUAUUUUAAAUAACUCUGAAGUCCAGCUGCUAUCAGUUGGUUAAACACUGUACUUCUGUGAUGGAAAUCCCGUUAGACAAAGUUAGGAUAGUGCUAAAUCCAGGUCUUCCAGCAAGAUUCAGGGAAACCCAAAUGUAAUUCUACUCUAUUCCAAGUGUAACUUGCUCUAUUUCUAAGAUUAGAGAAAUUGAUUAGGAAAGAGAUAGGACUGUCACAAGCCUGUUCUUCCACUUUGCAGGUGAUGUUCUCAGGCAGCACUUGUCCUCCUUUGAUACCUUCUCAAGCUUUGGGAUUUUCCAGGUGUUGAAGGAUGCAAACUAUUUUUUUUUUUCUUCUUUCUUCAUGUUGAUUCUCUUCCAAGAGAAUCAACAGCUAUAGUAAUAAUGGAGAAACAGGUAUUAUCAACACAAGAAAUUCUGUGGCAAUUGCUCUUUCCCUUCUGUUAGUUGCAAAUACUGGAAGACAAGUGAAUAGAGAUGUAUCCUUACCUGGAUUGUAAAGUCAAACUCACCAACAAACAAAAGUGCCAUCAAGAUACAUCAGCACAACAAUUAGGUAGCAUAAUUUCAAUGUGCAGAAUGGGUAGUAAGUACGGAGGUUUCAAGUAACUUCAAUAAUUACAAGUUUGUUUACUGUGUUGUGGCUAACUACAGCUAAAUGGCAACAGAGGUCUUGGAUUUAGUGCAUAGAAAAUUUAAAGUAUCUUAACACCUAUAGAAAUCUUACAGAAGGCCCUACAAGGUUAAAUGCCCUGUACGUUUUUAUUCUUAAAAAAAAAAAAACAAAAAACAACUAUUCUUUUGAGCACUGGCUUGUUUUUCAUGAGAGAUUUUGAAUGGUUUUGAAAAGUUAUACUUUCAGUUUUGCCAUGUGACACAAUUUGUGUGUGUUAGCCACAAAAAAAUCAUCCCACAGAUAAUUUUGUCCCUACAAAGUAACUAGAAUGUUCUGGCUGUGACUGAAGAACUAAGUGCACAGUAAAAAUGGGAAAUCAUGAAGCGAAGUAAGGCCAGAGAAAAUAGGAUUUCUCUUGGAGAAAUCUUUCAUUUACGGCUAAGCAAAGCGUUAACAGCGGAGAGCGAAAGCAGGUAAUUUGGAUUUUAAGUGAAAUACUAAAGGUAAAUGUUUACCGUUACGAGUAAACAAGACUUUUUUCCAGUACCUGCAGCCCAAGUCCUAAAUCCCAAAUGAUAAUUUAAGAACAAUAUUUUGACCUCACUAUUAGUUGCUCCAAAGAGCAUCUAGACAAUAAGUAUUGAAACCAAAUACCUGAUCUAGUUGAACAAGCUGAUGCGGAGUAGUCAGUCUGUGGUGAUCUGGAAAUUAUUUUUAAUCCUGUUGCUAUGGAACAUCUUCUCAUUUGUCAUUAAUACCAUUGCCUGCAACUAGAAGUCAAAUACUUCUAUACUCAAUUUUUUUUAAAAACUCGUUGUCCAGGCUGGAGUGCUAACACAUACGCGGUUUUAUAUUGAUUUGUGGAAUCCACCUGUAAAUACCAAACUUUUCACGUUAUCACAACAUCAAUCCAGAAUAAGGGAGGAAGUCCAGGUUUGCAGUAUUUCAAUAUAUUAUCCUUGUGACUCUGAUAUUAAAACAAACAAACAAAAAACAACUAGGUUUUACAAGUAGCUUUUUAGAAACUCCUUAGUAGUAGGCCAUUUUUAUUUAUUUUAUUAUGCUGAUAAGCUUUUUUUUUUUAAACCUGGCUUAAAAUAUCUUCUGCUGAAGUCAGCCUUUGUUCUCUUUUCCUUUGCUCACUUUAUUCACAAAUCAAAUUCUGCUUCCCAUGUCUAUUUUAAUGUUCAAGAAUGCAUAUUUAAAGUAUUUUUGAUAAAAAGCUAGGACAACAAAAAACACUCCAAAAAUUUUACUUCAUAAAAUACGGUUCACCCCCAUGUCAUGACAUGUUAACAGACGCUUUUAGUUUUCCCUGUCUUCAGUCAUUCCUGUGUCCUGUUGUUAACACUCUACAUGUUCUUAGUAUGUAAGGUUUUCUAGGAAGAAUACAUGGAGCAAUAUUUUGUAAUAGUGAUCUUAGGAAACUUUGUCUGAUGUUUCAGUCAUUCCAUUUAUGUGAGCAAAUAUUAAUGUAAACAUGCUGUCAAAUAAUCUAAGCCUAAAAAAUCUCAUAGAUAAACUUGUUACAGAUUGCACAAGGAGCAUCCUCCAAGUUGUAAAUACUUUAAAUUAAUGUCUCUCUUGCUGGGACCAGACAUAAAUUCAGUGCUGUUGCUUUGUUAAGAGUCUUUAAGAGAAAAGCACAUAAUACUGCCUACACUACAACAAACCUCAAAGCAGAGGACUCCCCAUCCUUCAUUUCAGUAUUUGCCAAAUGGACAAGACUCUGGUAUUAUUUAUGUAUGUUUUAGCUUCCUACUUCUGCUAAAUUACUGAUACAAGGUGAUUUUUAUAGUUAGAGCUUUGUAAGUGUUAUGAUUGGCAUGCUUCACACUGAAGGUGGUGUUAGGUGACAGUUGCAUUACAUAGACCUCCUGACCAGUGUUGCAUCACCUGCGUCAAAAAUUAUUGCAUUUGCUGUGUGCAUUAGGGGUUCGUUGGGACUUACGGACAGGAGAGUGCAGCACAAGUUGGAAAAGCUGAAGAGUAUUUGAGGUUUUGUUGGCUUUUUUCUUCCUUUCCUUUUCUUUUUUCCUUUUUUUUUUUUUUGUUUAAAGUCAGUGUGGAUAAUACCUAGGUGCAAUUAUUACAAAUAAUAAACAGUGUACAGAAAUAUUGCAUUGUUUUUGUGCACCAUAGACUGAAGUGCCUAAACAUGGGUGGUCUGUAAAAGGCAUGCUUAAAAUCUGUUGCAUCUACUUUUCUGGUUCUUUUGCUAAAUAAUAGAAGGUCAGCUUUUGGAAAGAAAAUGCAAGGACUGUUAGUCCUAAAAAGGGGAUAUACUAUAAAAUUAUUUCCAUAAAGCUUUUGUUAUGUAGAAUGUCUAUGUGUUUGUAAACGUUAUUAAACACUGGAGGCAAAUAAGAUUUUGUAGAAAUCUUUUCCAUUUGCAUUACUUCAGUGAUAUUCUAACAGCUUUGCCUACUACCUGAUGGGUAAUGUAACACCCCACUGCCACGUAUGCAUUAUUUUCUUCCUUUUUUAUGAUUGAAGGAAGGGACGUGUGCGCAACUUUGAAACAGUAUAACAAAGUUUUUUUAGUGACACCCCUGAUAUUACUUAUGCCCCAAUUCUGCAGCAAACUUUGGCCAGGUAAGUAGUUCUGCCUGAGUUCAGAAAGACUCCACUGAGGUUCGCCACAUCCUCAUGGAUCUGGGGUGCAGGGAGUACAAGAGAAGCUGCAUUGUAACGUGGCUGUCUGGGACCGAGCAAAGAAAAUGCACAAGUUACGUGUACCAAUUUCAUAGAGUGCUUUUGGGGUACAGAAUAGUAAAGUCAUCCUUACCUGUAAGCUACUUCCCUGCCUCUGAGCAUGGUGAGCACUCAAGGUGAGACAAGUCAUAUUCAGCGGGUGGAGGGGGGGAAGGUGAAGGAACAGUAGGUGCCUGCCCUAAGUUAAUCAUGCACUCUAAAUGUGAAGUGCUUGUAAACUGAAAUGGUGUUACUGGUUUAAAUCUACCAAAGGAAGCCUUCCUCCAAGGAAGCCUUAUGAAACCAUUUUGAGCUUUUAGCUCUAAAAAGUGGCUUUAGCAACCUAUACUGUAUGUAGUACACUGUUUGGGAACGCUUCCUCCAGUAAGUGUGCUAAACGCUUCCUUACACUGUGUGUAAGAAAUAGUUGCUUAUUAUUUGACUGUGGAGCAUUUACAAAGCUGUCUUUAUAAAGUCUUGUUUGGUAAGUCUUAGUAUGUAUGUGGCAGCAUUUUAUUAAUGUCAAAAUAGUAAGAAUUGGUUUGUCAUCUAAAAACCUAAAUCCUUUAACGUCAAUAUAUGCUGCUAAGUGAAAAAAAGAUUAUACUUUCUUAUUCCCCUAGUCAUUCUGAUGAAAUGCUACAUAUUUUUUUUUAGUAAUGCACACAUUCAUAAAUUUGUAUUUAUGAGGUACUAGUGGUAAUACCACAGCAAAUCUAAGAGGAACUGUGAUACCUGCUGUAUAUCAACUGCCCCAUCAACUUGCUUGCAUUUGUAAAGCAUUGAUCCAUAUGAGACAUUUAUUGUCUACUACAGUGAUGCUGAUAUAGUAUUUUAGUAUCCCUACAUGUACUCUGCAUGUCUUGCAUUUGUGGACUGUAGAAGGAUAAAUUGUUUUACAGUACUUACUCUAGAUUUAAAAACCAAAUCCAUUAUUUUAUAUAGUGUUUCCCACAUCCAAACUAGGACAAUUUCUAAAGCCAAAGAUCAAUAAAUGUUUAUUGUCUUA